AUGUCGUUUCAAGCGCUGAACGCAUUUGCUGACAUCAGCAAUCAGAUUUUGAUGGCUUCAACAGUUCCAAUGGAUUUCGAUUAUGUUCUCACACAGGUCGGCGAUUAUGGAUUUUAUCAGAUAAUGUUCUUCUUCAUAAUUUGUCUUCCAGCAAGUUUACCAUCAGCAUUUUCAGCUUUCAAUCAACCAUUCGUUGUUGGCAGUCCUCCUCAUAUAUGUCAUAUUCCUCCCGGAAAAGAUUAUUUGAAACCACUGACGACGGAUGAAAAAAUCCUCAAAUGCAAACAAUACAAUGAAACUCAAAUCAAUAUGUUUCGCGGGGUCACGUCGGCACCAGUUGAUACUUAUAGUGACCGUCUUGACUUGAUCCCAUGCCAACAUGGAUGGGAUUAUGACAAUUCGACAUAUGUGACAAGUCUCGUAACGGAGUUCAAUUUGGUAUGCGAUCAAGAGCAUUGGAUUGAGCUGACAACAACCUCGUUUUAUGUCGGCAGCUUCAUCGGAAAUUGCCUUUUUGGAUAUAUCGCUGACAAAUUUGGUCGUCGUCGCUCGUUUUUCGUCAUUCUCACCGUUCUAGUGAUAUGCGGAACAGCGAAUGCGUUCGCUCCAGAUGUCGAAUCGUUCAUGAUUCUACGAUUCUUCACCGGACUUCCAUUUCCAGCACUUUUUCAGAUUCCUUUCAUUAUCUGUAUGGAAUUUAUGGGAAGUUCUGGCCGCAUCUUCUCGGGCCUCAUGAUCUCGUUGUUCUUUGGAGCUGCGAUGGCCCUCCUUGGAAUUGUUGCCAUGUUUAUCAGAAGAUGGCGUCAAUUGACAUUUGUUUGCAAUGCUCCAUUUGCGGCUCUUUUUGUGUAUUACUUUUUCCUUCCUGAAUCGCCUCGCUGGUCGGUUUCUGUUGGAAAAUGGGAAAACGCGAAAGCACAAUUAAAGAGAAUUGCAAGCUUAAAUGGAAAAUCUGAUGUGGAUGUGGAUGGAUUAGUAGAAGAGCUAAAACGACAUCAUCAUCUUGCUGAAUCUCAGAACAAUAAUGACGAUGAAGAGAAGACAAGCCACAAUAUUUGCGAUUUGUUCAAAACGCCGAACCUUCGAAAGAAGACCUUAUUAGUCACUUAUAUUUGGGUGAUGAAUGCCAUCAUCUACAACGGAUUAACAUUGAACGUCUCGAAUCUACCAGUUGAUGACUAUUGGAGUUUUAUUAUCAAUGGAGCUGUUGAGCUACCCGGAUAUUUUAUGGUUUGGCCUUUGUUGCAAUGCGUCGGAAGACGUUGGACCCUAGCGACGACGAUGAUCGUCUGUGGAAUCGGAUGUGUUUCGGCGAUGUUCGUACCGCCAGAAUACCCUUGGCUUGUCGCGAGCGCCUCAUUCAUCGGCAAAUUCGGCGUCGGCUCUGGUUUCGCCGUCAUCUACAUUUUUGCCGGCGAACUCUAUCCAACCGUAGUUCGGGCUCUUGGAAUGGGAAUGAGCUCAAUGGUAGCUGGAAGUGGGCUCCUUCUAGCUCCUCAUAUCGUCAAAUUAGGACAAUAUUGGAAGAUUUUGCCGCUUUUGAUAAUGGGAUCGAUGGCAUUGUCGGCCGGAAUCCUGACGUUUUUCCUACCGGAAACCCUCGGAGCCCCAUUGCCAAUGACAAUCGAGGACGCCGAGAAUUUCGGCAAAAAGGUGCAACCUGAUGGAUUGUUCACACAGGCAGCAAAGAAACGCGAAUCUCAACCAUUGUUGGAAUCGACGCCGAAAAUCUGA